GUUCAGUUUAGCUUGAACUGUUCGCCAGGUGGCGCAACAGUAAAAAAAAAGAUGUCAGCGGCCAUGAAAAACACAUUUUUGAAUAUAAACUGCUUUAAAUAGAAGAUGAAAAUCUUUAGUUCAGAUCUAUAAAAAGAAAAAGUAGAUCUAUCCACAAGAUAUUGCAUAUCCAGGAUUUCAGAUAGAUUUCUCUACCGAGCUGACAGAAGCGUUCAUGAAGGUUGUCCAGUUCCUAUUAUUGACUACCUAUAGGCUAUACUAAUAAAAUGGGAAAGGUUAAGCGACAACGACAAAAGCUUCACACAUCUUCCUCCAAGACAGAUGUUGAGGAUGAAGUAGGAAAUAGUAUUCCAUUGCCCGCAGUUCCAGACUACAAUCCAUUUGAUAAUCCUUUUAAGAAGCUGAUUGGUGUAGGAACAUUAAAGAAACUGCCUGAUGAUUGGGAUGCUAAGAGUUCAAUAACCAAUAAGUCCCUAAGGGGAAUACAUGGCAAGAAAAAGGAUAAAAGAAAACUCAGACAUGAUCUUUGGCUCCAAAAACUGAAUGCUGGAGAAAGUGCGAAGAAUGAGGAGAAAGCAAGAAAGAAACGGGAGAAGACUGCCAUUGUGGGAGAUAUGCGGCCCUUAGAAGAGACACUUCCCACAUUAGAAUUACUCUUAAAGGGAAAGGGCAGAAAAAGAACUACUAGCACAAGUUCGGAUGAGAAGGCGAAAUCACUGAAAAAAGAAGCCACCAGAAAAAAAGAGGCAUUGGCUGACAUUAGAUUAUUCCAACAAGUGCUGAAACACCCCAAGUACAAAGAAAGUCCAUUUCACACAAUAUCUGAACAUUUACACAAUAAACAAAAACAAGAAGAUGAAAUGGACAGUUAGAAUAAGUACUAUAAACUAAGAAAAUUCUGCACACAAAUUUUCUAGAUUGUAUCAUUUUUUAUACAAAUAUUCAGCUAUCAAUGGCAGCAUUAGAAAAACUAAUCCUGCAAAAUUUUAGAAAAUAUAAACUGAACUGCUCUAAAUGUUCUAGUUUCACAAAUUACAUAGAAAGGACAUUUUAGUAUUGCGUCAUAACUGCUUCAUUAUUCGUUAGUAAUAAGGUUCCUUAUAUGAAUAUCAAUGUAAAAUUUACAAAUAAAAUGCCUAAAUUACAAAUACAUGUAUGAUGUAGCAAAUAAACAAAUAGAUCCCAAAAUAA